GUUCCGGCACAGUCGCCUGCGAGCAAAGCCGUCGUGCGCACGCAAUCAGAUUGGCAGUACCGAAACCUGGUGUCGUUCGCACACGGAACCCAAGCUGCAGUUUCGAAUUGUUUUGGUGUUAGUCGCUUGAAGGACCAGGAAGCCGGACGUUGCGAUUCCCGGACUGCACUCAACGCUCACUUUGUUGAUUGUUUUCCUGCUGUUUCUUCACUGCGUUGAAUUCUUGGGAAUAAGAAGGAGAUGGCCACCGGAGUUCUAGUGAGCUACCCAUCCUCGGCUCUUCACGAAUCGCGGCCCACGGUCUUCAAGAAAGACGGGUCCCUACGGCAUUCAAAGUCAGACCCCAUGCUGGUGGCACUGUCGCACAACUCUAUGGCUUGCUGCUGGGAGCAGGACAACUGCUGGGGAAACCUUGACGACAGCAUAGAGGACCUGGCAGAGCAGGAGUUGCUGGUACAAGGGGCCGACGCCGUCACCUUGGAGGGCCUCAAGAGCCUCUACAACUGCUGCUUCACGUGUGGAGUGAGCUGGGCUGAGGACCAGGCUUCUCUGGACUGUGCCGAGUGCGGAGGCUACGCCCUGCACCGCCCUUGCGUCCACUGCAAUGGCACCUGCGGCGGAGUCUGGAGCAGGGACUUGGUCGCUUCCCACAAGCUGAGGCGCUCCCAGUGGAUAGGCGAGUGUGAGAAGGCACCUCAAGAUGCUGCUGCUGCCAAGAGCAAGGACUCAUGAAGACCUGCCUUCGUAGGUCGGCUCUCGGGCAACAGCACUGCCAUCGACUGUACAUAGACAAGAGCUCGACCAUCGCUCCUUCUCCAAGUCACCCCAAUGUGAGCCCGAACUUUGCUGCUGCACAAACAAGGCCACGGAAUGUGUUUCUUCGGUGCACCCCCGGUGACCUUCCAACACAUACGACGCCAUUGUCGAAAGGAUCUGCCAGCCACAGGUUCCAUUGACACUGUGCUGGGGCAGAGGUACAUCAAGACGCCUUCGUCCAUCAUCGGUCCCCGUCUGCAGUACCAACGCUGGUAGACGGUGUGCCGCUCCAAGACAGCAAAUUGCCCCACAAAUGGAAUAACCGUGGCAGCUGGAACAUUCCAAAGUGUGCAAAUUUGAUGGCUCUCACUGGGGUAGACAGGGGGUAUUGAAUCACCAUGACUUGGAAAUGUCCUGUAUAUACGUACAUGAUGCUUCGCUUCACACAUUGUUGUCACUUCUCGCGAUAUCCAGUAUUCUUGUGUUCUUCCCGUUUUAAGUGCUGGAAAUACAAUGACUUCUAUAGUGCUUUCAAACCUGCAGAACAGGGCAAACGUUUGCUUACCUGUAAAUAUUGGCAUUUGGGCGGUUAGGCGAAAUGUUGGUUUUUACAAUAUUUUUUUUCUUGAACAUUGUGUAAAUUGGACCUCGCAAUGAGCGUACUCAUCUCCGAACACUCGUAGAGUUUCUACCUGUACUGCAAGGACAAGGAGCUGUAUGUAGCUAAAUUUAGAACUACUGAUCACACGCUUGGAAAUUGAAAUGGUUAUACUAUAGUUGCUCAGCACUAGUAGUCCAGCGACGGCUAAACACCAAAGCAACCGAUUUUGUUUUUCUUUUUGUUGUGAGGGUAAAGCUGAGGCUAGGGUGGCUUACAUAAUUUAUAUUUGUGAUAGUACUCUUGCGAUUCAGAAGUACCACAAAGACAUUUCAUCGAUGGGAAAAUACUUUGAAACCAUGAAGCAUCUAGUACAUGUCUUCGUCGUCACUGUUUGUUGUGUUUUGUUGCAGAAAGUCUUUACAUUGAAAUGAAAUGGAGAAAAUGAACAUCUGUACAUUGAACACGCAGUAGAGGCACAUAAUUGUAAGAGCUAUUGCCAAGAUAAUGGAAAAAGAAAUUCAGUGCAAAAAAGGUGCUUUUUGACUAAAGCGAUCCCUCUUGGAAACCGAGCUUCAAGAGUUGAAAGCUCGUAGAUGACAUCUCCAGCUGCUACCUCUUGGAGAUUGUAAAAAUGCAUUUCGUCAUUGCCCAUGAGUCACGAUCGCCUAGUGACUCAUAUGCCACAUCUGCAACAUGUGACAGCCCGUCAUGUCUCUCACAAUUAAGUGCCUCUAUUAUUUGCAUGCCAUUUUGCGGCCUCUCGAGGAAGCGAAGUUAUUUUAAGUUAUUCACUUGCACACCAAAGCUUUCGUUGACUCCUUUGUAUAUUUUGUGUGUUUUUGAACUAGGGCAACUGAACAUCUUGUGUUUCUGUUUUUUUUUGUGCCAAAAUUGUGCUUAAUAUGUGACACAGACAUGUUUUUGCGCCGUAAACCAAUGCUGUUGCCAAACACAAUCUGGUCUUGCCACCACUUCCAGAUCAAGUUGAGACUUGUGCGGUAAUGGGCGAUGUGAUGGUUCAUUAGGAAGAAGUGUCUUUUUUUAGGAAAUGCCUCACAGAACCAUUCGUGAGACAAGUGCCUUGGGUAUGCGAGGGAGCAAUCCGCAGAGAGCGUAUUUUUGUAAGUGGGGAAGGCAGAUGUCAGAUACACCCAGGCACGAGGUGUCCAACGUUACCGAGUGAUUCAAGGAAGUAGAUGGGCCUCGAAAACGCUGAAGCUAGCGUUAACACAGCAGACCUGAACAAAAACUCGCCCGUCUUGCGAGUUAUCUUAUUUGCUGCAUGAAGGUACGUGCGAAAAAGGUACACUAAUGUUCUAUGUGCUGAGCUCUGUUGUUGAGUUCACGACGGCACACAGUACAGCGAGCAUGGCUAAACAUUGAACGCACCACAAUGCACAGGCCGAUGUUUGCGUUUAGAGCAAAUACAAGCGAAUAUCAAAGUGUAACCCAUGAUAGUUUGCAAUGACGCUACCAAAAGAUUAAGCAUUGUAAAUGUUUGAACAGAUAACACAGGCUGCACUGUUCACGCCUUCAGCCUUCUGGACGCCCACGGUGAAAAUGCUGAACCUGCAGAUGACGGACAUUCCACAGAUCUGUUCAUCGUGCAUGUUUUAUUUAUUGAAAGAUGUAUCUCUGUGAUAUUAUCUUUCGUGGCGUUUAUGGUUUGCAAUAAAAAUGUGUCACAGAAUCUAUAA